AUGUUUAGUAGUCAUUUUAUUCUUAUUAGUUUGAAAACUGUAACAGGAAAUGUAAGAACAGACUUGACUGAUUACGGUCUGAGAUUUAUGCCACAUGAUCCUAUUGAAUUGUUAAAUGUGAUUACAUCAACAAAAUCACUAAUUUAUUGUACUACACUUUGUGUUAAUAAUCAGCAAUGUAAUGUAUUUGAUUACGAUGAAACUACGAAAGAAUGUCGCCUUUUCCAAGGUCUUGAUAAAACUCUUAACUUAUUUUCCAGCACAUCAAAAUGUGGUUAUCUAACACAAACUUCAACUGACUAUCAAGGCUACAACCAAUCAUGUACAAAAUGUCAACAAAGUCGUUUUCUACAAUGUAAUAAUAGUACGAACACAUGUCAAUGUACAAAUAAUAAGUAUUGGUCAGCAAAUCAAAGUUUAUGUCUUGAUCAAGGUUAUAAUGGAUCUUUUUGUACAACGUCCAUACAAUGUAGAGAUGAUUUAAAUUUAACGUGUUCAACGGCGUACAAUAUGUGUCUAAUGACAAUAGUAGAGCAAGAACAAACUACCUUUCCUCCUCAUUUUGCUAGCACAUUUACACACACAAUAACAAUGAUUGCUGCUGCAACAAUGUCUGGAACAAAAACAACCAUGGCUGUAACUACAUCUUCAGUAAUAAAAACGAUCGCUCCAGUCACAUCGACCGUGAGAACUACGAUGCCAGCUAUCACUACGGCUAUUUCUACCUUUAUCAAUGCUUCAUCUAAUGUUACCGCUUACUCAAUGAGUGGUUGUACUGAAAUUAUUUACUUUACAAAUUUUCUUGAACUAUCUUCAUUCAAUUUGAUUGUAAUGAUACAAAAUUUGGCGAGUUUAGUUACAACAUACAAUAUCACAACUACCUUAGAUGGAGGCACAGCUCAACAGCAGUGUAGCGGAAAUACAGUGCCGUAUAUUACGUGUAAUGUCACACUUCUCAAUGGAUAUACAAUUUUACCGGCCAUACCUCAUGCUGGCGGACGUUAUACAGUAUCAAUUAACAUGGGAUUCCUACUUAAUGUACCUCAUGUUACAUUUACUGAUUUUUACACAAUUACAGCUCAAGCAACUAAUUCAUUAGUGCAAUCACUUACUCAAUUCUUCUGA